UCCGAGUCACUCACCAUCGCAGAUCUCUCUCCUCAAAGAUUUUCCCCCCUCUAAACUCCACAGCCACGGCUGUUUCUUCGUUUUUUUUAAAAAAAAAGAGAGAAUGAUGCUGAAGGCUGCGCCUGCUUUUGCGCUUCUGAAUCCUGCUAAAGGGGAGAACUUGGGUCCCCUGUUUUCGUUUUCUACCCAAUUUUCUCGCCAAGGCUCUGUGUUGACAAAGAACUUCCCGGCGAGGGAUGGAAAUGGGGGCUUGGUUGUGUAUGCUAAGAAGGAAACCAACAAUCAACCUUUGACCGGUAUCCUUUUUGAGCCCUUUGAAGAAGUGAAGAAGGAGCUUAUGCUUGUGCCUUCCGCCCCUCAAGCGUCCCUUGCUCGCCACAAGUUUGUUGAUGAUUGCGAAGCCGCUAUCAACGAACAGAUCAAUGUGGAAUAUACUGUUUCGUACAUAUACCAUGCCCUGUUUGCCUAUUUUGAUAGGGAUAACGUUGCUCUCAAGGGUCUUGCCAAAUUUUUCAAGGAAUCCAGUGAGGAGGAAAGGGACCAUGCUGAAAAAUUGAUGGAGUAUCAGAACAAACGAGGUGGGAGAGUGAAGUUGGAGUGCAUAAACAAGCCAAAUACCGAGUUCGAUCACCCAGAAAAAGGAGACGCACUGAAUGCUAUGGAGAUUGCAUUGUGUUUCGAGAAGUUGGUGAAUGAGAAGCUUCUCAAGUUACAUGGUGUUGCCACCCAAAACAACGACGCGCAGUUGGCUGAUUUUGUUGAAAGUGAAUUUUUAGUUGAGCAGGUGGAGGCAAUAAAGAAGAUCUCGGAGUAUGUGGCUCAGCUGAGAAGAGUGGGCAAAGGACAUGGUGUCUGGCACUUUGAUCAAGCGCUCCUUCAUGAGCACUAGGAAGCUGUCGCUUGAUGGAGCAUUUUGUUUUAGAUGUUGGCUUUAGAGAUUUUGGUGGGGAUGUAGUUGCGGAAAUUUGCUUGAGCUGUUGAUAAAAAAGGUCAUGAUGAAUGCCUUUAGUUUAUAGGUUCGUAGUAGUUGAGCACCGUGAAACUUAGACCUUCGUGCUUUGAGCCUUUUGACAAAUUAAGUAGUGAUGUUUAAAUCUGCGUUAGAAAUGGUCAUAUAUAUAUAUGUUUCUAGCUAGUGUGAGUUGCUCCCAACCAUUAUGUCGGUUUUGACGUUGUAGUGCUUCAAACACUUAGCGGCAUAAAUUGAUUGGGCAUCUCGGUGUUUGUGUUUUACUGUUGUUUGUGAGCCAAUAAUGUUCUAUUUUGAAUAUCAAAUUAAGAUCAGGUCGAGUGGAGAGUUGCAAAUUGUAUUGAAUCUUCACAGGGCUCUAAGCCUCCA